AAUCAGUUUAACUGUUCUCGAUAGCGUCUGAGACUUCAAUAUGAGACUUCAGUCUGAGACUUCAGUCUGAGACUUCCUCGGAGUUACUUGAGGAACAGGAACAGUCUGACAGACAUGCUGGCCUCAACCACAGUUGCCGUAACAGGGCCCCCUGUUCUGGGCUCUUCGUCCGGUAAUGGCUCAACCUUCCUGGACUCUGAGUUUCGUUAUAUCCUCUUCCCUGUCGUCUAUGGCAUCAUCUUCAUCCUGGGCCUCUUCGCAAACAUCUACGUGCUGUUCGUGCUGCGCUGCCUCCGUGAGGCCAAGGCCAUGGGCGAAAUCCGCAUCUACAUGACCAACUUGACCAUUGCUGACCUUCUCUUCGUCUGCGCCCUUCCCUUUUGGAUUGGCUAUUACAGUCGACAUGGAAACUGGGUCUACACAGACUUCAUGUGCCGCCUGACUGGGUCGUUGUUCUUUAUCAACACCUACUGUUCCAUCCUCUUCCUCGGGGCCAUCAGUGUCAACAGAUACUGGGCAGUCACCCGGCCUCUGGACGCAGCCUCCUCAGACCACCGACGUCGUGGGAUCAUUGUGUGCGUCAUCAUCUGGUUGUUGACCGUAGCAAUGGCCAUUCCAUCUCUGAUAUCUCCAGGAACCAACGCUGAUGAGAGCGGUGUCAUUCACUGUUUCGAGGGGUACCAAAAUGAAACGGAUGCGCACAAGAGAACAGUGGCUGCCACACACUUUGCAAUAAUUGGGAUGUUUGUUAUUGUGUUUUUUCUGGUCGUGGUGUGUAAUUUCCUCAUUGCCCGAGCCUUACUCUCUCAAAGUCCACCUCAGUCAGAGGUCAGGUCUGCAACCAUUUUAUCCAGGAAGUCCAACAAGACCAUGUUCUCCUCCACUAAAAAGCCGAGGGGGGUGAAACGCAGAGCUCUGCAGAUGUUGUUAGCCGUGGUGGGAGUUUUUGUUCUCUGUUUCCUGCCUCACCAUGUAAUCCAAGGCCUCUGGGUUCUGGCGGUGCUGCAGAUCAAACAGGGCUGGGGACAUGUAGAGUGGAGCCAGAAGACUCUUCAGGCACUCAAUGACGCGCAUCAAAUCACCUUGCUUCUCAUGGGGCUCAACUGCAUUUUGGAUCCUGUAGUUUAUUAUUUUGCCACGAGGAAGUUUAGAGGGUUCAUCAUGGCCCACAUUAAAAAAGUUGUGAAGGGAGAGGGGUGCUCGCAGACGGUCACCUCACAGCUCUCAAUGGACAGCAAGAAUCAGAGCCAGAGAUUCCACAAUGAACACCAAGAGUGCGAAAUGGAUUGAUUUAAAGGUCCAGUAUGUAGGAUUUAGGGCAUUGUACAGGCAGAACUGGAAUAUAUCACACUUGAGGUUGUGCUGUUGUACUGUGUGUCAUCAUGGCUACAAAUAUACAAAUAUAUUUGUAUAAAAAAGUAGAUAUGUGAGUGAAACAACACAUUAUUUUGUCGCUUCUCUGCAACUAUAAACCAUUGUAGAGUUUGUGCAGCGUAGGUGGUUCUGCACUCUCACAACUGAACAUGCUUUCACAGACAUUUUGUUGACAUCUCUGCCUACUGUAGGAUCUGCGGUCUGGAUUGCACCAGUCCCUCUGCUCUUCCUGUGUGAAGUAUAAGCUAAAAAGCAGAAGCUUUGCAAGCAGAAGUAGGUAAACAAAUUGAUUAUGGCUGUGUGAAUUCCGCAGGAGGACACUUUAUCACUUCAGUCUAUGAGAUGAACUGAUUAAACACCAGACACAUUAUUUAAAUCCUCCCACAGGUGUUGUUCUGCACAAAGUAGGGCACUUAAAACAGCAGAGAAGUCAAGGAUAACACAGAUAUUCAGAGCGUAGUCGUGUCUUUUUAGGUGCUUAGAGUGGAGUUUCUCAACAGAUUACACACACUCUUCAACUUCGUGGGCGGACUCACUCUACCUGAUAUUGUCUCUGUAAACUAUGUGAUGAGAUGGUUUUCUCACAUCAGAUAAGUUACAGGUUUUAUAGCUUUGCCUGGACAAGUCAUAUCCUGUAUUGUGAAACCAGGGAACAGAAGUAAUAAAGCUUGAGCUACGUUUCCCCUCAUGAAUCCAGUAUUGUGACACUGUAUUUAUGUCACAUGGUAGAAAUCCCAUGAUUUACUGUGACAGAUAAUGCCAGGGUUUAUUACUGUUCACCUACUGUAUAUGUCUAACAUGUAAGUUUUUUUUUAUACUAACAGAAUUUAUGAAGCAUUAUUCAUUCAAUGGAGCAACUUUGGUUAUAUUUUAUUUUUAUAUAAAAGUAUGUGUAAUGUUAUUUUUAAUCCUUCAGAUGGAAAAUAUGCUGUUUUUACUUCAAAUAACCAACUCUUGUAAUUACAAUUAGAUUUUUUUGUGUUUUGUUUGCUGUAUCAUAAUGAUUAAAGUAAAUUAAAUUCUGA